UUUCUUGUUUUGCGCGCCUUUCCGCCCCUGCGGCUGAGGGCGCCUCGGAGGCCCGCCUUGACGGGAUCCCUCCAAGAACUUCCUUUCGGGCGCCUUCCCUCAGCAGGAGGAGGAGGAGGAGGAGGUUUGGCGGGAAGUGGGCUGAGGGGGACGGACCACAAGCGCCUAGGCCUGAGGACUCGCUGCUGGGUUGGGGGAACGGCCCGGUCGCGGUCGCGCAACGACGUGGGCGGCAGGCGCCGGCUGGCUCCGAAUUCCCGUUCCCUCCCCAAAAGGCGGGGACGGCCGCUGCCUUCUUCCUCCGUGCCCUUCCCGAGGUGGAGGGUGGAAAGUCGAGCCGCCGCCCCGGAACCAGCGAAGGUUUUGAGGAGGAGGAGGAGGAGGAGGCAGCCGGGCUGGCGAGGUGGAGCCGCGCAGCGCGGAAGAGACGGGGCCAAGAAGGCGAGCCCUCCUCCUCCUCCUCGUUCUCUCCUCCGGCUCCAUCAAGGGCACCCCUUGCAGAGGAUCAGUUUUCAGGAGGGACAGGAGCAUGCCACCCUCCAAAGAUGUUGUGAAAAUUGCCAUCCAGAUGAUGGGGGCCAUCCCCCAGCUCAUAGAACUCAAUCAGGCCAAACCAUUGUCUGCUGUUGUGAAAGAGGUUUGUGAUGUGUGGAACCUGAAUAAUUCAGAGCGCUAUGCUCUACAAUAUGUGGACGGCCAUCAAGCAUAUAUCACAGAAUCGAAUCGUGGAGAGAUUAAAAAUGGGAGCAUCCUGCAACUAACAACUGCUCCGGAUCAGGAGGCUGCAAAGCUUCACGGUGGGAUUCAAAGCAACAACUUGGAUGUGAAGUCUGAUUCUCUGAAAAAGCUGGCAAGCCUCUCCCAUGAUGUAGCCUUUGCUCAGGAGUUCAUUAGCCGGAAUGGUCUCAGUCAUCUCUUCCUCAUUGUGGAAGAAGAUAACAAUAUAGGGGAGAUUCUAGCAUAUGCUCUGAAGGCCUUUGUGGAGCUGAUGGAGCACGAUUUUGUUUCCUGGGAGACUCUCAGUCCAGCUUUUAUCAAAAAGAUCAUCAAUUAUGUCAAUAUCACCCCGAUGGAUGCCUCCAUCCAACAGAUUUCACUGGCGAUUCUGGAAAACAUGGUACCAACCAGCCGUUCUUUCUUUGAGCUGGUCAAGCAUCAAGUGACUCUGGAGCGUCUGAUCAGUCUUCUGCAAGUAAUGAACCAGCAGCUGCAGCUAAAAGCCAUGGCUCUUCUUAUUGCUCUGCUCCUCAAUGCCAGUGAGUUGGAGAGGAGGGACAUGAUGGGCUAUCUGGGGGAGAAGAACCUCAGGCAAUUUAUCCACAAGAAUAUCAUCCAUGCCUCGGAACCAAUUGGGGAUGAAAUGGCUCACUAUCUGUACGUGCUGCAGUCUCUCACGUUGAACCUGUUGGAACGCCGGAUGAGGACCCCGAUGGACCCCUAUUCACAGGAACAGAGGGAGCUGCUCCAGUCACUGCGCCAUGCGGCUUUUGUGUCUGAGAAUGAAUCUUCCACGGGGGCCUCUAAUACUGAACGUCGACACUCUCUUUGUGCCAAGGAGUUCCGGAAAUUGGGUUUUGUGAAUAACAGCAACCCGGCAAUGGAUUUGCACAGCGUCCCACCAGGACUGCUAGCUCUGGACAGCAUGGUCUAUUUCUCUAGACAUUAUCCAAGUGCCUACAGCAGGUUCAUUCUUGAGAACAGUAGCCGAGAAGAUAAACAUGAAUGUCCAUUUGCCCGAAGUAGCAUCCAGCUUGCCUUCAUGCUCUGUGAGAUUCUUCAUGUUGGGGAGCCUUGCUCUGAGACAGCUCAGGCUUUCUACCCAAUGUUCUUUGGCCAAGAACACUUCUUUGAAGAACUGUUCUGUGUCUGUGUUCAACUGUUGAACAAAACCUGGAAGGAGAUGCGUGCUACACAGGAAGAUUUUGACAAGGUGAUGCAAGUGGUUCGGGAGCAGAUCACCAGAAUCCUUGCCCUGAGGCCCACUUCGCUGGAGCUGUUCAAGAGCCGAGUGAAUGCCCUCAAUUACAGCGAGAUCCUGCGUCUCCGGCAGACGGAGCGAAUGCACCAGGAAGAGAUCCUUGCUGAACCUGUUCUGGAACUGAGAGAGCGGCUGAAACCAGAACUUCUCAAGCUGAUCCAGCAGCAGAGACUGUUACACCUUUGUGAAGGAACGCUAUUCCGCAAAAUUAGCAGCCGGCGCCGGCAGGAUAAGCUCUGGUACUGCCGCCUCUCACCCAAUCACAAAUUUCUGCAUUAUGGAGAUGUUGAAGAGGGUGUAGAAAACCCACUCAUUGAGAGCCUGCAAGAGAAAAUUCCAGUGGCAGACAUGAAAGCCUUGCUUCUUGGCCGGGAAUGUCCACACAUAAAGGAGAAGAGCUCCGGCAAGCAGAACAAGGAUCUCCUGGACCUUGCCUUUUCCAUAAGCUACGAUGUUGGGGAACAUUUGAAUUUUAUCGCUCCCACACGGUACGAGUUCUGCUUGUGGACCGAUGGCUUGAACGUGCUGCUAGGCCGAGAAAUGGUGAGCGAACGGACACAAAGUGACCUGGAUAUCUUGCUGUCUAUGGAGCUGAAGCUGCGCCUGUUAGAUCUCGAGAAUAUCCCCAUACCAGAUGUCCCACCUGUUGUUCCAAAGCCCCCCUCCAACCUGAAUUUCUGCUAUGAUUUCACCCAUAUUGAACAAUAAGGGCUGCUUUUGUCUGGCAUGUCCCAUCUUUUUGUCGGGAUUUGCUUCAUGGCAUGCAUUGCUUCUCAGAGGGUCUGACUCCGUCUGCGUGGUCCUUCAAAUCAGAACAAUGUGCUGUGGUCUUCCUGUUCCCUUCUUGCCUACCAUGUUCCUUCUACACUUUUGAGGUUUCCUUCGACCAGUGUUUAGCAUUAUACCAAAAUUGGGUGAAAGAUGGUUAACACUAACCUGCAAGCACAUCUCGAAUAAUAGUUUGGAGAGUCAUGUGGCCCAUGGGCUUAAUUCAAACAUCGUAGCAAACAAAAUUGCAGGGAACUACAAAGUGGAGCGAGGGAGGCAUGUGUUUGCUCAUGGCAUGUUGUCUGUUCUCUGAACUGAACCUCUCCAUGUCUACGUGGAAUCCUAAUCAUGUGACCAGAAGGUCCCAUUUAUUUUAGUGGAUACGAGUGCAUAAAUGUGUAUAGACUUAAAGCGGUCUCUUCCAGCUACUUUUUUUGAAAGAGGAAUCUGCAGCCAUUUUCUCUGUGUUGUUUUUUCUGGCACCAGGGAAGACACAAUAAUGAUGUAAACAAAGUACUGUACUGUGGAAAUGGAACAAGGCUGAGUCCUGUCACCCGUGACUUGCUCUUAGUUGUAGCAAGCAUCUGUGGCAAAUGCAAAGAAGUUACAUUUCAAAGAAAGGGGAAAAAGUGAGAAGAAAUACGGAUCUUGGAUUCUGUUUUAGAGUUCAUACUCCAGGAUCUGAUAAGCAUUCACACAGUUGUUUCCGUUCCCUAAGGCAAGCUGCCACAGUUUCUAAUGGUCUGUAUUUCAUUGUUAGUUUUGCAGUGAGGCUAUCUAGACUCAAUCAUGCUAUCUCCCUGCUGAUCCAUCUACCCAGUGAGUCCAGAGGUUUGCUUAGCCUGAAAUGCUGUUGAUACUUACCUUUGGAUCUGCUUUGCAGCACAGAAAUUAGCACUUUGAACAACUAUUUUCCUCAUUCUGUGAAAAGAAGGGGUUGUAUCUGCUUCUGAUUUGCCUUAGCCACAACAGAGCAAGUGGGGCGAAACAUUUAUUAAAACUUGUAGCACAACCACAAUCCAGGUACUUUUUCUGCUAUUGCUUCAAGUGAGGAGAUGGUACAGAGAGAGGUUCUUAACAAUCCUCCUUCCAUGAAUACUUUUAUUGGUAGGCUUCUAAAUCUCUUUCCCUUUGAGCUUACCCCGGAGGAAAAAAAGCCCGCUUAUAGGUUUUCUUGCAGACUGUUUCAUGGUACGUCACUUGGCACUUAAUAGUCAGGGCUGUGUAUGUUUGUGUUUGAAUUGUUGCCUUAAUUUUUCACUGGGAAAAGUUGGGAUUUGGUGGCUUUCCAAAUUAUUUCUUAUUGUUGCUAUGUUACUGGAACGUAGGCUUUUUUAUUUUGCUUUUGCACAUUACAAGGGAAUAGUAACUACAAAGGUACUGAAGCCUCACCACUUGACCUCUUGUUUGAUCUCCAGCUGGAUGGGAUUUUACCUUAAGGAAAACUUGGCCCUCGAGGGAGCCAGAAACCAUGCUAUGAAUACCUGGAAGUUGAGUCAUGAGAACUGGACUUCUUCCUUAUUAUGUUGAAAUGUUUCACUAUCAUCCAAGGAGCUUCUUCAGUCAACCUGAUUUGAACCUGAUCAACUCAAAUUCCAGAUAACCUCACCUGGAUGACUAAGAAUCUUCACAAAUACAUGCUAUGAACACGUGUUAGUGAAGAAUAUAUAGCAUGGUGUCUGGCUCCUUCUAGAGCCAGUUCUGGUACUAAAUGUGAAAAUAGGUUUUUUUUUCUGGAUUUUUCCUUUUACCACACUGUCUCAUCUUUCACUACUAUUCGUGGUUUUCAGUAGUGGAGCUUGGAACCAAUCCCCAGUGGAUAUGGCGGCCCUACUGUAACCCUGUAGUGUUGUUUGAGGGUGUAAGAUCUGAGAUGAUAGGAAAUGGGAUGAGGUAACUCCCAGCCCCCCUCCUGUUGCCUGAACGGCACUUUGAGUCAACACACAUUGUGGUGUGUUGCGAUAGCAAUAAUGUUCAACAUUCUUUGCAGCCAGAAAGAAAGAAAAUUCUGCAUUCCAGAGGGAAAGAUUCCAAAGGACACUGAGCGGGACCAAAGGUUUUCUUAGUGCCCCCAAACUAUCCCAGAUUUUGUCGUUUCAUGAUGUACAAAUGAGCCAAGCUGCGUCUGCUCCAUUCACUUCAAUAGGCCUGCAAAGAAACUUCUGUGGCCCUUUAAGGCCAGGCCGAAAAGAACUUAAGUGAUGGCAAUUGUUUUCUGUGUUUUUCUUGGUUAGCCAUUUUGAAGGUAAAUGUGAUUUAUUUGCUUGUUUCAUGUGAAAUAUAUGUAUACAUCACAAAUGCACACACACAUUCUCAUAGCACUGUAUGUCUCCUUAGAAACACUGAGUCUACUUCACUGGAACAAUCGUUUUCCUCUCUCACAUAAACCUCUUUUUGUCACAGAUUGUUUACUCAUACUGCACUGUAAUUGUUAUCUAACGAACACAUUUUUAAACACCCUCUUUGCUUCUUUUGUACCUUCUGUAAGAGAAAUUCCUUUCUGCUCAGGUGCUUCUACUGUAACAAAACACUGUGUUACUGACUUUGGCGAAGAGGCCUUAAUAAUGAAAAAUAAAUAAAAAGGGAAUAAUACUUA